AUGAUUGUCCUGGGUUCGCAGGCGGCCAUCGACUUCACUUCCAUACUGCUCUACCUCUGCACAGGUGCCGAAGUAGGUCUACAGAUUGAGCUUUGUAGUAACUCCAUAUAUCGUUCCCAGGUGGCAAUCGACCUCACUGGUUUGGGCCAGCUCUACAUCUGCACAGGUGCGGAAGUAGACAUACAUAGAGCUUUGAAGCUAGUUAGUCCUUCGUUGGCAGGCAUAUGCUCCCAAAAGGCUUUGAAGCUCAACAAGGCUGUGAUGCUAUCCGUGGCUUCCAUACUGUGUCCACAAUCCAAGCACAAGCUGGGCCUCAAUGUGGGGCCACUGAAGAAACAGGCCAAGCAGCUUCGAAAAGAUCUCGAAAUGGCCGAUGACCCGGCCAGUGUGCACUGCGAGGGGCAUGCGAUAAAGGGGUUCCAGACGUUGAUUAACAGACGGUUGUUCACGUCGAAGAAGAAACGAGAUUCGACGCUGGAGGGUCUCUAUGCUGUCUACCGCCAAUACUGGACCCCGACACCAGAGGAGAUAGAAAAGGCGAGGAAGGCGGGGAAGAAGCUGAUUUUCGGUCCAGAGGCUGCUAAGCUGGCUCAGGAUCAGGAGGCCGAGGCCGAUGGGAAUGAUGAUGAUGAGUGCUAUGAUGAGGAGGGUGGCGAGGAGGAGCUGCUAGAGGAUGAUGCCUAUUUGGAGCCGUCUGACUCCAGCGAGUGUAUCCAGGAUGUUGAUCUUGGCAUGAGGCUAGGCUUCACGCCAAGGAAAUCCGAGGCUUAUGCUGCUAUGUUGAAAACUCCGGAAAAAACACCGGAACCCUUGCCGCAGACGGUGGCAAAACCCUUGGCAGUCCCCAUCCAGACACCUCCCAGUUCCAUGGUGUCAAGUUACCUUGACAAUUCAUACCUCAGCUCGCACUUGUCGCCGAGGAGGCCCAGGCCGACAGAUACGCCAAUCAAAACAGGAUCAGCGAAAGCUUCUGCAAGCCCUGGCAGCCCGGUAAAAGCCGUUGUCCCUCCACCCGAACCCAAGCUAGCCGAGCCAAUGGAAGCAGCUGCUGAUGAUGCACGUGCUGAACGACUUGCUCGAAUCGCUUUGCUGAGGCACUCUGAUAGGAAGCAGAUCGCCGAUCGGAAGGCAGCGGCUGCUCCAGCACCAGCAGCCAAAGGCAUGUUGAGGGGACCGACCGAUCCGACGGAGGAGGAGACUCAGGUUGAGGUGGCUCACGCAGCGAGCAGUGGCAAAGGUCGUGGUGCUGCCGAGCUCCAAGCAAAACCUUCUCAUGAAGACGACAAGUCUGUGCCGACACCCAAACCGCCGAAGCCUGAAGACGACAAGUCUGUGCCGACACCCAAACCACUGGAGCCUGAAGACAACAAGUCUGUGCCGACGCCCGAACCACGGGAGCCCGAAGACAACAAGCCUGUGCCGACACCUGAACCGCUGGAGCCUGAAGACAACAGGUCUGCGCCGACGCCCGAGCCACUGAAGCCUGAAGACAACAAGUCUUUGCCAGAACCCUUGGAGUCCGAGCAGGCCAAACCGCAGCCCGUAGCCGUGUCCUUGCCUGUGACCCCCAGCCUGCAGCCCGACCCCCUGCCUACGCAAGCCGCCGGUGAAUCCGACGAUUCCAGCGAGAUGGAUCUUUUCGAUGCCAAGGAGAUCUUGAGGAGAAGGGACCAACGUGAGUUGGACGAAGGGAAGAGGACGAGCCAGGCGGCAGCAGGCGGCGGCGGCAGGGGACGAGGUCGCCAAGCGGCAGCCUUCAAGCGACCCAGUGCAAAGCAGGCAAAGGUGCCGAGUGAGGAUAAGCCGAGGCCUGUCGCUACCCCGCAGAACACGUUCAAGAAAGCAGCCAAGGAGCCGCCCGCUGAAGAGGAACCCUCCGAGAAACCACGUGUGGCAAAGCCUGCUUCCAAAGACGAGCCCUGCAAGAAACCACGGACAUCCGAUGCAAAGCUUUCUGCUGAAGAGAAGCCCUGCCAGAAACCACGGACAUCCGAUGCAAAGCUUUCUGCUGAAGAGAAGCCCUCCAAGAAACCACGGACAUCCAAGGCAAAGCUGCCUGCUGAAGAGAAGCCCUCCAGCAAGCCAGGCUCAUCCAGGGAUGCAGCUGUGGAUGGCAAGAAGACCUUUGCAAGGCGGUAUUGUCCGGCGGAAGGACGGCAAGGCCGUGAGAAGUGGUUGGCUUUGAAGGAAGUCUUCGAGGCGGAGCUAGCCAACAAGUUUCGCUUCCCUGGCAAGUACGAGGAUGCCUUCUGGAAGUAUUUCACGACGUGGACUGCUGAGUUUACGCUUACGUCUCAAGAGUCGUUCAAGAACAAGGUACUUCUUCUGCUGGCAGCCGCCAUCAUGAGCCUGCGAAAAGGCUUGGCGGCUUUUGCGAAAGCCGGCGGGCUACCGGCUCCGGAGAAUGUCUACGUCCUCGUGAUCCUGACGAUGGGCUGGCUGCAACUAUCCGGGGCUUCUGGUGCUGAAGAGGAGCGGGCUCGACAGGUGGCCGAGAUGCUUCGUCAGAUGGAUGAGCCGAUGUUCGCAGCCAUAGAAGUGGCUUCGUCGCCGGCCACCCCGAUGCAACCUCCUGCUGCAAGGCUUCAUCGCUCUGGCGGUAGGAAUGUGAAGAACUUAGACAUGUCUCCUGGAGCUUGGAGUCUCAGGCAUGCAGACACUAAGUGCCUAGGGGAUACACAAGCUGAUGGAACUCUUGAUUCUGUCCAAGCGGACCUGGGGUUGCCUUCGGAUGCCUCCAAGCCUGUGGGCAAUGCUUUAUCCCCGACCCAGCAAGAGCUUCUGGCGAAUGCUGCUACACCUCAAUCGUCUCUGGGGUCGCCUUCGUAUGAACUCAAGCCUGUGGAAGAAGCUAUGUCCCCAACCCAGCGAGAGCUUCUGACGAAUGGUGCUACACUUCAAUCGUCUCUGCCUUCGCCUGAACUCAAGCUAGAGGACCCUUUGCCACCAUGGCAGCCAGACCCUGUGGGCCCUCUAUCUUCUGCUGGUGAUACCUCCGGUGCCGAGCCUACCCAGGACGGAUCGCAGUUUCCGAUUGUCGGGCGAGAUCAACCUCCGGCAUCUACUUGUGCCAUGGUGCCAGUGUCCAGACCGGGCAAGGGCAAAGGUGGCAAUCUGCCAGAGGGAAGAGGCAAAGGGCUUGGGAGUGCACGCAGUGGGCCUCCUGGGCAUGAGCCCGAGCCUGAGCCUAAGAUGAUGUGGGCACAGGGCCCCGAUGCAGCCCCGAUGUUGGCAGUGGAGAUGCAGUUCGAUGAUGGCAGCUACGAUGAAUGCCCUGAGCCCCCGGAAGAGCUUCCGGUUCUCAGCGAGGGGGCGGUUUACAAACGCAUGUGGCGAGUGUUUCGCCCCCGAGAGGACGGUAGUUAUUUGGUCCCACAGAGUGUCGUUGCGGAAUACAAGAACUUGACCUCGAGACCCAACGUCGUCCGUGCUUUCGAACGUUGCGGGUUCUGCCCUGAUAAGUUCGUCAAGAAGGUCAACAAGACACUGGAGAGUGUGGAGGAGGUGGAAGUUGAGGAAGAGUGGGAGUUCCUGACCGAGGAAGAUGUGCAAGAACUGAAGUGGGAACGCAUCGCCGGUGUGAAGCAGCACUGCGAGGGCAAGAAGGGCUUCAAGAGGCAGACCUUGUACGACAACAAGACGAUGUAUUGGACCAACAUCAAGAUCACCGGGAGCAAGAAGAAGACACAACGCUCCAUCCUCCGCAAGAUGGUCGAGGCGGAAGAGGAAGGAACCAUCGAGGACAAUGAUCUGGCAAUGGACUUUGCCAAGAUGGACAUGUCAGGUGCCGACAGCAGUGCACCAACCGCUGCAACACAGCAAGGGCCCUCCUUGGCUGGGGUUGACAAGAAGACUUUGCAAUGCUUCCCAGACCUUGAGAAGGUUGCAGUUCCCUCGUCUAUUGUGCCCAAAGCAGGUCUUGCCAUACAGAAAUGCCUAGGGAAGCUUUCAGCCCACCUCCUCGAGCUGAACAAGUGUGUGAGCACAGAGCUAGUUAAAAAGCUACUUGAUGCCCCACCGCCCACCGCCCACGCACCGCGGAUGUAUCUAAGGAUGACGGAACGAGUGAUGGCGAUGCACGAGCAGCUGCAUGGAGAAGAUGUGAGGAUGAACCAGCUCUACGAGCAGGGCAUGGUUGAUGGCUACGAUGGUGAGUGUGUGCAGGCCCACCUUCUGGAUCCCCGUGCCAAGGCCCCGACUGAACGCAUCAGUAUGUUCUCGGCAUGGUGUCACUUUCAGGUUCAGGGCACUACCUAG